GUUAUCCCUGGAUCUAACCAUAUCAAACAAUGCUCUCGAUUUUAGCAUUAACGUACCUUAUAGCAACAGUAUAUUCAGUACAGUUCACAGCAUUUGACCAUUCGCUUCUUUCACCCGACUCCACUUUCGAACAAUUCGUAUACUCCAGACUUGAAUCAUCACCAUGGCAUGUUUCCAAUGCCAAAAAGUAUGACGAAGGAAGAGAUGAAGUAGUGGCAUACAAAGGUAAAUGGGAAUUGGCCGAGCCAAUAGUAUACCCAGGAUUUGAACAUGAUUUAGGUCUUGUAUUAAAGUCCAAAGCAGCACAUCAUGCCAUCGCCAGAAAACUUGAUCAUGUGAUCUCCAAUGAUGGUCGUGAUUUAGUGGUGCAAUAUGAAGUUAAAUUGCAGGCUGGAUUAAAGUGUGGAGGUGCUUAUAUCAAAUUAUUGGAUGAUGCCAGAGAUUACUUACGCUUUGGUUCAGAAACUAGCUAUCUGAUUAUGUUCGGUCCCGACAAAUGUGGUAGCGAAAAUAAGGUUCAUUUCAUACUUCGGAAAGCUGUCAAUGGGAAUGAUCAAGAAUUUGCUUUAAGACAGACUCCUAUGUCACGAACUGGUGAUUUGACAACAUUAUAUACUUUGAUUAUCCAUGCUAAUCAAAAAUUUGAAAUCAGAAUCAAUGGAGAAGUAGCCAAAGCCGGUAGUUUGAUAGACAACGCCAACUUGUUUAAUCCCCCUCUUAUCCCACCCAAGGAAAUUGUUGACGAAAACGACAAAAAACCAGAAGACUGGGAUGAUCGUCUUUUCAUUCCUGAUCCAAACGCAGUUAAGCCCGAAGAUUAUGAUGCAAAACAUGCUCAUCCUAAAAUCCCUGAUCCUAAAGCUACAAAGCCUGAGGAAUGGGAUGAAGAUGCUCCAUAUUACAUCGAAGAUCCAACUGCAGUCAAGCCCAGUGGCUGGGAAGGUGAAUGGAAGCCUCCACUUAUUGUCAAUCCUAAAUGUGAAACUGGGUGUGGUAAAUGGACACAUCCUUUAGUGCCUAACCCUAACUAUGUAGGUCCUUGGUUUCCUGAAGAUAUAGUUAAUCCUGACUACAUGGGUGUGUGGAAUCCUAGAACUAUUCCUAAUCCGGAGUAUCAUGACGAACAAACCCCAGGCAAAGUCCGUCCAAUUGGUGGUAUUGGAUUUGAAUUAUGGAGUAUGGAUAAUAAUAUCUUGUUCGAUAACAUCUAUGUUGGGAAUUCCAUUGCUGAUGCCGAACUUAUUGGCAACAAGACAUUCAAAGUCAAGCAUGAAUUAGAAUUUGCCAAUAAACAGGAAAACAAACCAAAGAUCAAGAAUGAACCCUUGCCACCGCCUCGAAACUUUGAUGAACUCCUUCGCGAUCCUGAAGUUAGUACCAUUUACCAAUUCAUCAUCUUUAUCAAAUUAUUCUGGCUUAAACAAUAUUUGGAAUUGAGAGACACAUAUGAUGAAUUAUUACUUGAUCCAGUGUAUGCAAUUAAAAAUAAUACACUCAAAAUCAUCCUUUAUACGCUUGUGGUUUUAGUAGGAACAACUAUUGUGCUAGGAACAUUGAGCACAAUAGCGUUCUUAUUUAUUGGUGGUGAAGAAGAAGAACAAGAAGUGGAACAACAUCGAGUUAAAGUGUAUGAUGUUAGUGACGAUGAGGAAGAAAGAGAUCGUAUUGAGAUAAUAAGUGAAGAAAUCAAUGACAAUGUGUCUGUACCAAGUGUGCAAGCGGUAGAUCUGGAUAUUAGAAAGAGAAAAGUGUAGGAUAGUUAUGUAAGUAGUUUAGUGCGGCUUAAUAUAUUAUUUCCCC